AUGAAGCUGCUCCUUGUUCUCGCCUGUGCGUUACUGCACUACCAUGCGGAACAAAUUGUUCCUUAUAACUGGCUGUCGUUAGCUCUUCUCAGUUCGUCUGAAUACAAUCCACGACCAUAUCAUCAUGGAGAUCGAGCUCAGUACGAGAUGCUUUGCAACAGACUACUAGGACUAAACCCUGUGCAGAAAGCAGUUUGCGUACAGGUAAUGGCCAUUACAAAUCAGAAGAAGGGGAAGUAUUUCCAGUUUACCGAGUUUUUCUUCCACGAUGGAAGAUCGUAA